AUGAUAUAUUUAUUUUUCGUACAUUUAAUUUGUGUGCUAUCAGCAGACUUUACUCUCCCAAUACGAGAAUCAAUUUGUAUGACUGAUUUUGUUGCAGUUGACAUAGAAUCCCUUGAAAUAACACAAACAGUAACAAAUGACUGUUAUUCCAAAAUACCAAAUUUUCAAUAUAAAAUUUCUGCAUUCGAUUUAAAAUCGAUUUGUUAUGUCAGCGACUCUCUAUUCUUCAUACAUAAAAACGGACAUAACAUCACUUGUUGUGGGCAGUGGCUAACAGUGACUGGCCCAAGUCAAAGCAGUGUCACUUGUAUGGUAGUGGGCUCUUUGCUAUUGACCCACCAAAACCCAUUUAUUGGUAACAUCAAAAUGAAUUUUGUGGGGCUUAAACAUAAAUUAUUUCUUGUUGGAACUGCGCGCUUAAUAUAUGUGAAGGAUUCGAUGUAUCAAGCCACAGUAUCAAUAGCUGAUUAUUUGCAUCAAAUCACACCAAGUUUAAUAGUACUUAAUGUGACUCAAAAUGAAGUAUUUGUUCAGUUAUUUAAUUUGAAUAGACCAGUCGAAUUAAUUGAAAUGAGUUAUACAACUUAUGUCAAAAACGAAGACGACACUUUUACUUUGAAACGUCCUCUUAAUAGUUCACACAUUAAGAUGGUUUCCAUAUAUUCAGAAAAAGUUAAUAUGCCAUUGGUAAUAGAAAAAGAAGGGUACAUUUCUACGGCAACUACUUCUUUUCAACAUUAUAACAUGACUAAGUGUAAAUUUAUUGCAGAUUCUGUAGUAUAUUCAAAAGGUCAUUUUGUCACGAAUCUACUGUUAAUAUGGUUCCCAAUUAAAAUUAACAAUUUUCAAGCAUAUAUGCUUGAUAUGGCCAACCCUCAAAUUAUUACUCAAAAAGGCGAUAGAACAAUACAACUGGCUUUCAUUUACGGCUCAUCAUUUUUCAUGUCACAGGAUUUUAGGCAAUUAAAGUGUCAAUUAGAGGUAAAUUUUACUAUUGAAAUUGUUGAUGUUAAACUAAUUCUAAUAACAGAUUUAAUGAAUGAUCCUGUUAAUAAUGGAAGACAUAUCAUAAGAAAUAACAUGACAUAUAAGUAUACACAAGACAAUACCACUGUUUCACUCUUUAUUGCGAUGGAUAAGAGUUGCAAAGAACUUUCAAAUGUGGUUGAAAUUAGUUAUAAAAGUGCACCUGGAGAUAUUCUCACACUAAAAUAUUCAUCAUUUGACUGUGUCAAUGAAAUACAAAGUAUACAUCAGUGCGAUCAGCGUUCGUUUGAUUGUGAUAAUACCGAGUGUACUGUCGACAUUGAUGCAGUUGAUGUUGGGAUAAGAAAAUGGGCAAAGGGGUGUGAGCCGACGUGUGGCAGUUGUAAUGAUGGAUUUGUAUGUACUACAAUGGGUAAGUGUAUAGAAGAAAACAAUAAAAACAAAAGAAACAAAACAGCUAGCACCUUUGUAUUAUGCGUUUUCAUUGUUUUCUCUACAAUUAUUGGACUAAUUGAAUUACAACAAUUUAAAAAAUUGCACGAAACAUUUAAAAAUUAUAAUUUCAUAUCAGGUCAGUACUAA